AUGGCGCAAGUACCAGGAGAAGUAGACAACAUGGAGGGCCCACCUGCCCCUAACAACAAUAACCCCACAGCCCGCUGGGAGAGUCCAGAUCGGGGCUGGGAGCGGGAGCAGCCGGCCCCCUCCACUGCAGCUGCCUCACUCUUUGAGUGCUCCAGAAUCAAGGCCUUGGCAGAUGAGCGGGAGGCUGUGCAGAAGAAAACCUUCACCAAGUGGGUGAACUCGCACCUCGCCCGCGUGGGCUGCCACAUUGGGGACCUCUAUGCGGACCUCCGGGAUGGCUUCGUGCUCACGCGACUCCUGGAAGUGCUGUCAGGCGAGCAGCUGCCAAGGCCCACGCGUGGCCGGAUGCGAAUCCACUCGCUGGAGAAUGUGGACAAGGCUCUGCAGUUCCUGAAGGAGCAGCGCGUGCAUCUGGAGAACGUGGGAUCCCAUGACAUUGUGGAUGGGAAUCACCGACUGACGCUGGGGCUGGUCUGGACUAUCAUUCUGCGCUUCCAGAUUCAAGUCAUCAAGAUUGAGACUGAGGACAACAGAGAGACACGCUCGGCCAAGGACGCUCUGCUCUUAUGGUGUCAGAUGAAGACAGCUGGCUACCCAGAGGUAAACAUCCAGAAUUUCACCACCAGCUGGCGGGACGGCCUGGCCUUCAAUGCCCUCAUUCACCGGCACAGGCCUGAUCUCGUGGACUUCAGCAAACUCACCAAAUCCAACGCAAACUACAACCUGCAGAAAGCCUUCCGUACAGCGGAGCAGCACCUGGGGCUGGCCCGCCUGCUGGACCCUGAAGAUGUGAACAUGGAAGCUCCAGAUGAAAAGUCCAUCAUCACCUAUGUGGUCUCUUUCUACCACUAUUUCUCUAAGAUGAAGGCUCUGGCUGUGGAGGGAAAGCGGAUUGGGAAGGUCCUGGACCAGGUGCUGGAAGUGGGUAAGAUCAUAGAGCGCUAUGAGGAGCUGGCAGCUGAGCUGCUGGCCUGGAUCCACCGCACCGUGGGCCUCAUCAGCACCCAGAAGUUCGCCAACUCACUGAGUGGGGUGCAACAGCAGCUGCAGGCUUUCACGGCCUACUGCACACUAGAGAAGCCUGUCAAGUUUCAAGAGAAGGGGAACUUAGAGGUGCUGCUCUUCAGUAUCCAGAGCAAACUGCGUGCCUGCAACCGCCGCCUCUUCGUGCCUCGGGAAGGCUGUGGCAUCUGGGAUAUUGACAAGGCAUGGGGCCAGCUGGAAAAGGCCGAGCAUGAGCGGGAGGCUGCCCUUCGGGCUGAGCUGAUCCGGCAAGAGAAGCUGGAACUACUGGCCCAGAGGUUUGACCACAAGGUGGCCAUGAGGGAGAGUUGGCUGAAUGAGAACCAGCGCCUGGUCUCCCAGGACAACUUUGGGUAUGAGCUGCCGGCAGUAGAGGCAGCUAUGAAGAAGCACGAAGCUAUUGAAGCAGACAUCGCAGCCUACGAAGAGCGGGUGCAGGGUGUGGCGGAGCUGGCCCAGGCCUUGGCAGCCGAAGGCUACUAUGAUGCCCGACGGGUGGCAGCACAGCGUGACAGCGUCCUGCGCCAGUGGGCCCUGCUGACAGGGCUGGUAGGUGCCCGUCGGACUCGGCUUGAGCAGAACCUGGCCCUGCAGAAGGUCUUCCAAGAGAUGGUGUACAUGGUGGACUGGAUGGAGGAGAUGCAGGCUCAGCUGCUGUCCCGGGAGUGCGGGCAGCACCUGGUGGAGGCGGACGACCUGUUGCAGAAGCAUGGGCUGCUGGAAGGAGACAUUGCAGCCCAGAGCGAGCGGGUGGGAGCACUCAAUGCUGCUGCCCUGCGUUUCUCCCAGCUGCAGGGGUACCAACCAUGCGACCCACAGGUCAUCUGCAACCGUGUGAACCACGUGCACGGCUGUCUGGCGGAGCUGCAGGAGCAGGCGGCGAGUAGGCGCGCGGAGCUGGAGGCCUCGCGGAGCCUGUGGGCGCUGCUACAGGAGCUGGAGGAGGCCGAGAGCUGGGCGCGAGACAAAGAGCGCCUCCUGGAGUUGGCGGGCGGUGGCGGCGGCGCGGCGGGUGUUGCCGGCACAGCGGGCGGCGCACAUGACCUGUCCAGCACCGCGCGCCUCCUGGCGCAACACAAGAUCCUGCAAGGCGAGCUGGGGGGGCGGCGGGCGCUGUUGCAGCAGGCCCUGCGGCGUGGCGAGGAACUGACUGCGGCCGGAGGCACCGUUGGUCCAGGCGCCGAGACGGUGCACCUGGCCGGGUUGGCGGAGCGCGCAGCGAGUGCGCGGCGCCGAUGGCAAAGGCUGGAAGAGGCUGCGGCGCGGCGCGAGCGGCGGCUGCAGGAAGCGCGGGCUCUGCACCAGUUCGGGGCGGACCUCGACGGGCUCUUGGACUGGCUUCGCGCCGCUUACCGUCUGGCAGCUGCCGGUGACUUUGGCCACGAUGAAGCGUCCAGUCGCCGCUUGGCGCGCCAGCACCGAGCUCUCACCGGGGAGGUGGAGGCGCAUCGCGGACCUGUGGGCGGCUUGAGGCGCCAGUUGGCUACACUCGGGGGCGCCAGCGGUGCCGGACCGCUGGUGGUGGCACUGCAGGUGCGAGUGGUGGAAGCUGAGCAAUUGUUUGCUGAGGUUACCGAGGUGGCUGCGCUGCGGCGCCAGUGGCUGCGGGACGCGCUCGCGGUCUACCGCAUGUUCGGCGAGGUGCACGCGUGCGAACUGUGGAUUGGAGAGAAGGAGCAAUGGCUGCUCUCCAUGCGUGUGCCGGAUUCACUCGACGACGUCGAGGUGGUGCAGCACCGUUUCGAGAGCCUGGACCAGGAGAUGAACAGUCUGAUGGGCCGUGUCCUGGAUGUGAACCACACAGUCCAAGAGCUGGUGGAAGGAGGUCACCCCAGCUCAGAUGAGGUGCGCUCUUGCCAGGACCACCUCAACAGCAGGUGGAACCGCAUUGUGGAGCUGGUGGAACAACGCAAAGAGGAGGUGAGCGCGGUGCUGUUGGUGGAGAACCACGUGCUGGAGGUGGCCGAGGUGCGCGCCCAGGUGCGCGAGAAGCGACGAGCGGUGGAGAGCGCGCCUCGCGCGGGCGGCGCCCUGCAGUGGCGCCUUAGCGGCCUAGAGGCAGCUCUGCAAGCGCUCGAGCCGCGCCAGGCAGCCCCUCUUGAGGAGGCAGCCGCCGUGGCUGCGCGCUUCCCGACGCAGGCGGCGCGGCUGCACCAGGGCGCCGAGGAGUUGGGCGCCGAGUGGGGCGCGCUAGCCGGCGCGGCUCAGGCCUGCGGUGAGGCAGUGGCGGCAGCCGGGCGACUGCAGCGCUUCCUGCACGACCUGGACGCUUUCCUGGACUGGCUGGUGCGCGCCCAGGAGGCGGCUGGGGGCAGCGAGGGGCCCCUGCCCAACAGCCUGGAAGAAGCGGAUGCUCUGCUGACGCGCCACGCUGCCCUCAAGGAGGAGGUGGACCAGCGCGAGGAGGACUACGCCCGCAUCGUGGCGGCCAGCGAGGCGCUACUGGCGGCGGACGGCGCCGAGCUGGGCCCGGGCCUGGCGCUCGACGAGUGGCUGCCGCACCUUGAAGUCGGCUGGCACAAGCUGCUCGGCUUGUGGGAGGCGCGCCGGGAGGCGCUGGUUCAGGCGCACGUCUACCAGCUCUUUCUGCGCGACCUGCGCCAGGCACUCGCGGUGUUACGCAACCAGGAGAUGGCACUGUCUGGCAUGGAGCUCCCGGGCACAGUGGAAUCGGUGGAAGAAGCACUGAAACGGCACCGAGAUUUUCUCACCACGAUGGAGCUGAACCAGCAAAAGAUGCAGGUGGCCGUGCAGGCUGCGGAGGGCCUGCUGAGGCAGGGCAAUGCCUAUGGGGAGCAGGCCCAGGAGGCCGUGACCCAGCUGCUGGAGAAGUAG